AACCAUCUAUCGUGUUUCUAUAAGUUUGUUACUGUGUUUGUAUGUAUUAUCUAUAAGAGCCUAUAGUUGCUUUAAUUUAAAUUAACAAUGAUUAGAUAGUAGACAUUUAUUUUCCUACACCCGAGAUAAGAAAAGAAAGGAAAUAUAUAUUUAACAUUUCUGUGAACUUUAUAUUAGUUAAAAGAAAUCAGUAGAAUAAAGAAAAAUAGCACCCCUUUCAUAAUAAGAAAAAUAUUUAUCCAUUUUAUGAUACAUUGGUAAACACACACACACAUAUAUAGACAAAACAAUAUUAAAACAUUAUUGCUUUUACAUACAUCAAUUUACAUUUAUUUAUCAACCCUAUUGAAAAUGAAUCAACUCACAUCAUUAAACUAACAACAACAAAAAUGGAACAAUCAUAUUCAAUGGCGCCAACUCAAUCCUCUUUUACAACUGAGUGAAAUAAAAUAUAAUAGAAAUCUUUCUAAAUAAGACUAAACCCUAAUAUUAUUUUCAAUCCAACUCAAAUAUCAUUUUAAAUCUUAACUGUAUCAAGUGUGAAAAUGAAUCUUUGAGAAAUAAAAUGAAUCUGAAUGAAGAAUUAAAUAUAUCUACAAGUAAUAAUGAUUUUAUACUUAAUGAUGAAUUAAACAAUUCAUGGAAGAAUUCUAUAGAAUAUGAAUCUUUCUAUUCCACUCCCACUGAUAAUAAUUAUACUACUAAUAAUAAUAUUACCUUCAUUCCAGACAAAACUACAACAAAUUCUUCAAAUAACAAUGAAUUAGAUAGAAAUAACACUCUUGUCAACAAUGAUUUAUCUUAUUCCUUUGAUGAAACAACCAAACAAAUAAAUGAUAAAAUUCUAAAUACAAACAAUCGGAAAACUUUUCUUAUGGAUACAAUAAAUGAUAAAAUUAAACAAUCAGAUCAUUCAUGUUAUUCAAUAUGGCAAAAUUUUGUAACAACCCUAUUAAACAAUAAUAAUAAGCUAUCCCCUGAAAAAGAAAUCGAUGAUACAAAUAAAUUGACAAAAUGUCAUUCACCACCUAAUUCGUCAUGCUUAAAUGUAACUAUUAAUUGUACAGAUUUUACACAUAAUACUACUUGUGUAUCAACAGUAAACGAUAGUGAUAAUAAUAAUAAUAAUAUGGUUUCCAUAUCCAAACAGUUUAAUAAUACACCGAAAAAACGUAAAACAGCUUAUGGAAUACGUGAUAUACUAGAGGAUUCUUGUAAAGACAAUGAGAUUAUUGAAAAACCGGAUGAUUUCCAUGAUAAAAUCGAUAUAAUUAAGAGUGAAAAACCACAGAAAUAUUUAGGUGAUGAUAUUGAAUCUGUUGAAAGUAAAUUAAAUAAGAGUUAUUCAACAUGGUGGAAUACAUUACAGUCUUUAACUAAUACAUUAGAUAAUUCUGUAAAUAAAACAGAUGAUAAUACACUUCAGUUGAUCUAUCAACAAUAUCGUUUACUUGAAAAAUUUUCAGCAUUACCAGAAAAUUUUCAUUCAAAUUAUUUAAUACAUUUAACACAAUUAAAUAAAAAUAACACAGAGAAUAAUCCCAUAAAUCAAUCAACCUCUUCAUAUCAAAAUCAUUAUACAACUAAUAUUUAUUCAGAAGAAAAUAUUGAAACUAAACCUAAGUUGAAUGAAUUACAUUCAAGCAUGAAUUUAUUCAAACGAAUUGUAUCAAGUUUAACCAAUGAACAAUUACCUCAACUAUUAUCAUCAACAAUAGGAGGGGCAUCUGUAACGUCAACGACGACAACAACAACAACAACAACGACACCUUGUUUAAUGAAAAAAGAAGGAUGUAAUACAUUUUUAGACUGUUUAAAUAAUAAACACUAUAAAUCAUAUGAUUGUGAAAAUCUUUUCAAUAUGGCUGCAGCUACAGUGGCUGCCAUGGCAGCUGCAGCAUCAAUGACAAAUUAUCAUUCACCAUUAAAUAAUUUACACAAUUCAACUCAUCAUACAUCAUCAAAUUUAUAUGAUUCAUUGAAUAUAUUUCAAAAUUCUUCAUUAACCGAUUAUAAUUUGUCUAAUAAUAACAUUACUACUACAUCUGUAAAUACAGUAAAUAAUAAUAAUAUUACAAGUAGUAAUAGUAAUGUCACGUCAGUUAUGCCUAAUCAUUCAUUUAAUUCACAUAUAAGUAAUAUUCAUUUACCUAUGGGAUUAUCAACAGGACAUAUGAAUAGUGUUAUGCCCAACAUUCAUCAUUCAUUAACAUCUCCUACAUCAUCAUCAUCACCAUCACCAUCGACAGUUGUUAGUACAAGUAAUAAUGGAAUAAAUUCAACAAAUUCUUGGAUAAGAACAAAUGAAAAUACAAUUAGUGUUAUCGAUAGAGAUGGAAAAAAGAAGCAUACACGUCCAACGUUUUCUGGUCAACAAAUAUUUGCAUUGGAGAAAACAUUUGAACAAACAAAAUAUUUAGCUGGCCCAGAAAGAGCUCGUUUAGCAUAUUUCUUAGGAAUGUCUGAAAGUCAAGUUAAAGUAUGGUUUCAAAAUAGACGAACAAAAUGGCGAAAAAAGAAUGCAGCUGAAAUGAUGUCAAGUAGAUCUAAUCUGUUUACAGAAAAUCCAACAUCUAAUCUAACUACUAAUGCUGUACAACUAGCUAGUGGUGAUUAUGAUCAUACAGAUUUAGGAAGUGAAAGUAUGAGUGGAGACGAUUGUUUUUCAUCAGAUGAUGUAAAUAUGACUAGGCCAGAAUCAAAUCAUUUGCCGUUAGAACAAAAUUAUCAAUCAGAAAUGGAUAAUGAACAAAAACGAACUGUAAAUUUCUCUAUUCCAAUUACUACUAAUAACAAUUGUCCUACCAAUACUAUUAGAGAUAACUUUGAAGUUGGUAAUCAUAAUAAUAUAUCUAUGGGAAUCGACUAUACAAAUACUCAGAAAAUAUCGUCAACUUCAAUUAAUCUGAAUAAAGAUAGUAAUUCUUGCAAACAGCCACAAUUGAAUGAUCUGAAUUUAUUAAACUUAAUGUCUAAAUCGCUUGAACAUCAACAAGAUUGGUUUCAGAAAUAUCACCAAUCCAAUUCACUUAAUAUAUCACCUACGCAAAUGAUUAAUCCACAACAUUCUUCUUUUCUUAAUGCAUAUGGUUUGAAUUUGUUAAACUCUUCCUGUAAUGAUAAUCAAGACGGAGUAUCUCAUACUUCAACUAUAAGUCAAUCGACAAGUAAUAACAAAAGAACUUACUCCCUUAAUAAUGAUGAUUUUCCGUUAGGAUCACCUACAUCGAAAGGGUUUAGUAUUCCCAAAGUAAAUGAAACAUCAUCUCUAGAUCACUCUACAUUUAAUGAAGAAAAUCUAAAUAUGAAAUAUAAUUUAAAAUAUCAUGCCAAUUCAAAUUUUUCUAAUCACUUAACUACAUCUAUGAAUAAUGACAAAAGAAAUUUUAAUCAAAAUAAACAUCAGAAAUCAUAACUUUCUGAAGAUUUAUUCUUUUCAUAAAAAACCCAUAAGCAUUUCAAUUACUAUUAAUGUGACCAUUAAUAAUAAUAAUAAUAAUAAUAAUGUUUAAUCGGUUAAGAAAACCCUUCAUGAUUUGGAAUUUCUAAUGUAACACUUUUCCCGUUAUGUCAUUAUGAAAUUGAUAAAAGAAGACUCUUAAACUUCAAAUGAAUACAACUUUACUCAUCAAUCAUGUACAGAAUGAAUAUUAUCGUUAUUAUUAUCAUCAUCAUGAAUGAUUGUAUUGCUCUUCACUAUUUUAAUGGUCUAUUUAAUAAAUUCAAAUUCAUCAAUUUGAUACAUAAUCAUUAUUUUUUAAUUCUAAUGGUAAUAAUUAACUUACAUAAUGAAAUUAUAGAAACAUAAAAUAUAAUAUACACAUAUUUUCUUUUCAAUUGUGUCAUAUCUUUUCUUUAGUAAAUAUACUACUACGACUACUACUAAUUUCACUGUUAGUAAUAUAUAAAUAAGUAGGAAUUGGAAUGACUGUUACAUUACAAUUACACCAAAGCUUUAUAUAUAUAUAAUCAUUCUGCUUUAAAGUACACAUCAGUAAACUUAUUUGAUUAUGAUACAUUACACAAUCAUAAAUAAUUGUCUGAUUAAAAUUUGUAAAAAUGUACUAUUUCACCUUGAAUUUAUUAUACAUUUGUAAAAUCAACAAUAAAACAGAAUAUUCAAAUUAUAAAUGAGUCAAUGAAUGAAAUUUAGGUUCCAAAAGAUAUUUCUUCAGAAUAAAAUAAUAAUUUUUUUUAAAAAUGUAGAAAACAUCCAUUGUGUAUAGUUUCUUCUAUUGUUUGUUGUCUUUUUUUUUAGGUGCAAUCAGUAUGUAAUUAGAAAUAUUUCCAUAUUAUAUAUUUUAAGAU